UUUCCCGCGGUGUUGGUGUUGGGAAGACCCCGCCCGCGUUUCUCCUCCCGUGCCCCAGCGGAGAGAGGCCGGGAGAGCGGGCAGCACCUCCCCGGCGCACCGCGUGCGGGCUCGGCUCGGCGCGGCCCGGCACAGCACGGCACGACUCGGGCGUUCGCCCCCGAUAAUGCAGAGCUACAAGUACGACAAGGCGAUCGCGCCGGAGAGCAAGAAUGGGGGCAGCCCGGCGCUGAACAACAACCCGGCCAAGGGCAGCAGCAAGAAAGUCCUGCUCAUCUGCCUCGACUUCCUCUGCCUCGUCAUGGCUGGGCUGCCCUUCCUCAUCAUUGAAACAAGCACAAUCCAGCCCUAUCAGCGGGGCUUCUACUGCGACGAUGACAGCAUCAGGUACCCACUGAAGUCAAUGGAGACAAUCAAUGACGCAGUGCUGUGUGCUGCAGGCAUCCUCAUUGCCAUCCUUGCUAUCAUCACAGGCGAGCUCUACCGCAUCCACUACCUGAAGGAGAAGUCACGCUCCUUUAUCCAGAACCCUUACGUGGCAGCUCUCUACAAGCAAGUAGGCUGCUUUGUUUUUGGCUGUGCCAUCAGCCAGUCCUUCACAGACAUUGCCAAAGUGUCCGUUGGGCGCUUGCGGCCACAUUUCCUUGAGGUUUGCGACCUGGAUUUCUCCACCAUCAAUUGCUCAAAGGGGGUUUACAUCCAGAACUACACCUGCAGGGGAAGUGACAGCAAGGUCCAGGAAGCCAGGAAAUCCUUUUUCUCUGGGCACGCAUCCUUCUCCCUCUACACCAUGCUGUAUUUGGUGUUCUAUCUGCAGGCCAGGUUCACGUGGAAGGGCGCUCGCCUGCUCCGUCCCCUGCUGCAAUUCACACUUAUCAUGAUGGCAUUUUACACCGGCUUGUCCCGUGUGUCGGAUCACAAGCAUCAUCCCACCGACGUGCUGGCAGGCUUUGCACAGGGAGCCCUGGUGGCUUACUGCGUGGUGUUUUAUGUCUCUGACCUCUUCAAGCCCAAGCCCAAGACCUGCCUGCCACCACCCCCCAUCCGGAAGGAGAUCCUCUCACCUGUGGACAUCAUCGAACGCAAUAACCAUCACAACAUGGUGUAGGCCUUUGAGCGAUCGGAUUGGUGUUGUAUUUUAUUUUUUAUUUUUUAUUUUUUGCAAAAAUGACUGCUGACAGCAACUACCUGCUGCUCUCAAAUCUCAUCAGACAGUAGAAUGUAGGGAGAGACUUUCUUGCCCGACCAGUAAAGUCUUACUCUGUGGUCUUUUUUCAACUCGCGACAUAUGGAGGAAAGGAGUGGUGAUGAUCAACUAAAAGCAACAGUGAGAAACAAACACCCAGCAAAAAGCCGAGCAAGCAAAGAGGUGCCGGAGUUCUGGAUGUGCAAUUGGUUUGAGUGUUCAUGUUGUAGUGAACGCCAAAUUGUUCAUAGCAUAAAGAACAUUAAGGGAUUUUGGAAAGCUGGCCAUCUUGGGGGUUUUUUUAAUUAUUAUUUUUGACGAUGAAGAUUUCUAAUGCAGGCAAGGAAAAAAAAAAAAACAACUCGCAAAUUAUAUGGCACUAAAUACGAGCAACAGCACUGAGUCAAGAUCUGGGAUUGGUUUGUAAGAGUUGCUAUUUUUUUCUUAUUUUGGAUGCUAGUUUGUUUCUGCCUCCUGUUUUCCAUACUGUGACUUAGCAUAGAAGGAGCUUGCCCAGCCAAGGAUCUCUGGAGGGUCUCUGUUCAAACCACACACCUUUCACAAACAGUCCUGAGAUGCACGGCGAGGCUGAACAAAUGUACCCUCGGAUCACAAACCCACAUUUCUUCCUUCCCUCUCGCUUCCUGGCGAGGCUUCAUCCUGAGCCAACCGGGCGUGCGCAGCAGCUGCAAAUGGCCCUUAAAUGGAAAAGAGCAUCCUCUGCUUCCCGGUCCUCCCCCCCUCUGAAUGGCAGCAGGCGUUCUGCACGCUCACAGUUUGGGUAGCGGCGGCUUGGCUGGAGACCUGUUCGCACUUCGACCUCAGGGCUGAGUCCUGGGGAACCUUGAAUUCUGCCCUUUUGGGACGGGCUGCUGGGCGGCACGUCCCAGCCUGGGUGUCAGUCUGUUUGUACAUCCCUCCCUCCCCCCUAUUUCUCCCAUUGGCAUCCUGGUGCUCUGCUUGGUGACACCAGUGGGAAGCCAGCUGUGCCUCUACCCAGUGUGAUUUGUAGGAUUUUUAUUUUUUUUUUCCCAGAAACCACAAGUUUUUGGCUUGCAGAUCUUUCACAGAACGCGUUUGCAAAGGGAUCACACAAAGCAUGCAGAAUGGCCAUUUGCACAUCCUUCUUACAGAAUCCGUCCUAUCAUUUCAACUACAGCAAGCUAUGAUUUUUUUAUAUAUAAAUAUUAUAUAAAUAAUGUAUAAAACCUUAAAAAUUAACUAUGUAAAAUAUUAUUUCUGAAACAAUUUUAGAUAUAUCCACUAUGACUAUAAACUGUGUCCUGACCUGUGUUAUUUACAUUUUGCUGCUUAAAGAAGCAUUGAAUUAAUUUUUUUAUAGUCGACUAAAAUAUUGUAGUUCUGUGGUAGUAAUAUUUUAAUGAAAAUAACUACAAUUAGAGACAUUUGUAUAAAAAAAAUCAUUAAAUUGUCUGUAUUUUUGUAAUGUUCCAUUUUGUAAAGAGAAGAAUAUUCAAAGACUUUUGUAGAAUACAAAAUGAAAGUUUGUAUCUGCGAAAUUAUUGCUGUAUAAAUGUGCUUUUUAAAUAAAAGCUCAUAACACAACUAAAUAGCCCAGUGUGCCUUGCAUCCUGCUUUUGGGUUUGAGCCCCUAUGGGCUCUGCUGGGAAAAUGGGGGUCACUCUUUGGGACUCAGUACAUGGGGCCAGUUGGAUGCAAGGGAUCCAAUGCCACUGUAGAUGGAUGUGAGAAGGACCCACCAGCUCCUGGCUGGGAAGGAUGUGAUGGAUGCAGUCGUUGGUUUGCAUUGA